AUCUUCCAAACUAUUUCUCCUUUUAUUUAAUUCUACUUCCCAUGAUAUAAAUCCACUCUCUUUCUCUCUCUGAUGUAAACAUGGUUUUUUCAAUCACAGAAUGAUUAUCCACAAUAAAGCUCUCAUUCCCCGUCCAUCUAUGGGUAUGCAAUGACAAAGUUCUAUGAGAGGCAUGUGUACAUGUACACAUUGAAUGACCAUAAAGGGCAUGAGUAACAACUAUAUAUAGACAUGGGUUGCAUGUUCCAUAAAUAAUGGAUGUGAUACUACAUAAGUACAUGGACAUGUUCAGCAUCAUAUUCCAAUGGUCUCAUCUUUAAGAAACUCUACUGUUACUCCAAAUUGGUAAAAGUGGGGACACAACCUUUUCCCAUCCUAUAAAAUCCCCUUUCCUCUCAAGUUUCCCUCCGCCUUAUAUCAGACUCCAUCUACCUGACCCCUCAAACCCUGUCUAAAACUUAGUCAUUGCAUAUUCACUCAAAAGCUUCAAAGCCAUGCAGCCCACACAAGAACAUUAUGUACUUCCUUCAAACCCAAAUCCAUUCCUGUCUCAUGUUAGCUUCAACAACACACAAGGAUUUCAGUUUAAUGGACUUUCAAACCAUUUGCAUCAUCUACAAAGCGCUUCUCAAAUCCAAGAAUUUAAUCCACGACAAACAUGUUUUAGCAGUAACUCAACUUCUGAUGAAGCAGAUGGGCAACAGCUAAGUAUCAUCAAUGAGAGGAAGCAGAGAAGAAUGAUUUCAAAUAGAGAGUCAGCGCGUCGGUCACGUAUGCGCAAGCAGAGGCAUCUAGACGAGCUCUGGUCGCAGGUUGCUUGGCUCCAAAAUGAGAAUCAUCAACUCAUGGAUAAACUGAACCAUGUUUCAGAACGACAUGAUCAUGUCUUUCAAGAGAAUGCUAAACUUAAAGAAACAGCUUUAGAACUUCGUCAAAUGCUAACAGAUAUGCAGCUGAACAGCCGCCACCCUUCCUUGAGAGAUCAUCUUGACAUCCUUUGCAAUGGCUACCUCAGAACAGAAUCCUCAAGUCAAACCAUCACAAAUUCCAUGGAUUUGCUUCACUGAGAUGAAGCCGGUGAUAUUGGUUUUCCCUUUAUCACUUUGAUCUUCAUUCGUAUCUAAGUCCACCAGUAUUUGGCUUUAAUUGAAGAAGUACAAGAUCGGAGAGAAGUGCAAUAACAACUUUUAA